AUGAAGAGAUUGAAAGAGAUAUGGGCCAAAUUUCCUCUACGUUCCUUUGGGAAACUGGAUGCAUUGAUCAUUGACGGGUGUAAUAAGCUUGAACAUGUUUUUCCUUCUUAUAUGGUCGGAAGAUUUCAGAGUGUAUGCAACUUGAAAGUUACUGAUUGCAAGUCAUUGAAAGUGAUAUUUGACCUCAAAGGUUGUGGUUGUGGAAAACCUGAUGCUGAAGAUAUCACCAAUUUACAAAAUUUUCAUGUAGAAGCACUGCCAAAAUUGGAGCAUGUAUGGAACAAAGACCCGAAAGGGAUUCUUAACUUCAAAAAUUUGAAAAGUAUAUUAGUUCAAGAAUGUCUCCAUUUAGAAUAUAUAUUUCCACUUUCUAUAGCCAUGGAUCUUGAGAAACUGGAAUGCCUUGAGGUUCAGAAUUGUGGUCAGUUGAAGGAAAUUGUUUCCAGGGUGGAAGCAAACAACAUGAGCAGCAUUUCGUUCGAAUUUCCUAAACUGACCACUGCCAGGUUUUUGAAACUGCCAAACCUUGAGAGUUUCUACGGGGGAACACAUGAAAUAUGUUGUUCAGCCCUAAAUAACUUGUCUGUGGAACUUUGUCAUAAGCUUGAACUUUUCAGAAAAGAAAACACAAAUUCAGAAAUAGAGCCAGUCUUCUUGCCUGAAAAGGUAAUCUACAACUUGAAGUCCAUGCAAAUAGAGCCACAAGAUGCAGAUUGGUUAAUGACAUAUAUGGGGAACUACCGGAUGCACAAAUUAAAAGAGUUUCAAUUAUCUAGACUAGUGGAUACUAAGAUUCUAUAUUUUUUCCUUCACAGAAAUCCUAACCUAAAAAGUCUACUGUUGAGUAAUUGUUUCUUUGAGCAGUUACUACCCCCAAGAGGCCUUGGUGAAGAAAAUUUGGGGGUUGUUCCAAAGCUCAAAUGCUUAAAGUUAAUGAACUUACCUUCACUUAAGAUGAUAGGCUUUGAAGAAGACACAAUACUCUUUCAAAAGCUAGAAUGCUUGAUUUUAAAGGAAUGUCCAUGUCUAAACAACAUACCUUCCUCAAUGUCUUUCACAUACUUGACAAAUCUGGAAGUCAGUAACUGCAAUAAAUUGAGCUAUUUAAUGACAACAUCAACUGCUAAAAGCUUGCUUCAACUCACCACCAUGAAGGUAACUCAAUGUGAAUCGAUGGAAACCAUUGUGUCAGAUCAAGAAAAUAAACGAGAAAUUAUUUCUGAAAAGUUGAAGGAAACAAAGCCACGGAUUAGUUUCAAGCAAUUGAAGGCAAUAGAACUCAUAACUCUGCAUGCACUUGAAAGCUUCUAUAGUUCCUUCCGUUGCUCCUUUGAGUUUCCCUCGUUGGAAAAUUUUGUUGUGAGUGAAUGUGGAAAUUUGAAAAGCUUCACAUAUAAUGAUGAAGACAAGGCACCAAUUUUGCAACAAAUAUGUGAUAGAGACGAAACUGAGGAAAAACAAUAUUAUUGGAAAGGUGACUUAAAUGCUACGAUAAAACAUAUGUACCAGAUACGGGCUAUUGUUCCAGACAGGAUGGAAACAUACAAUCCUUACACAAUACUCGAAAGCUCUUAUUUGAAGACUUUGAAACUUGUGAAUAUUGAAGAUGGCAAGCCUGCUAUUCCAACUAUUGUUUUUCCUGGACUUAAGAAUCUGGAAGAAUUAGAAGUAAGCUGCAGCAAUGUAGAAGUAAUAUUUGAUAUAAUGAAUGCUGAUAUGAAGGGAUAUACCCUUCCGUUGAAGAAAUUGACUUUGUGUAAGUUGCCAAUGUUGACACACGUAUGGAAUGAGGAUCAUGAAGGAUUUCUCAGUUUUCAAAAUCUGCGGGAAGUGCAUGUUAGUCAUUGUAGCAAUCUGGAAACUUUGUUUGUUAUGGAGUUGGCUAAAAGAGUUGAGAAGCUUGAGAAACUUGAAAUAAGGCACUGUGAAAAGUUUCUAAAAGUUGUUGAAGAAGAUAGAGCAACAACAGAAGCAGCAGAAGAAUUUUCAUUUCCUCGUUUAACCUCAUUGGAUUUGCGUAUGUUACCACAGCUCACUUGCUUUUAUCCUGGAAAGGCUAUUUUCAUGCUGGAGUCAUUGAAGCUUGAUUUGAAAAACGCUAUGAUGCUAUGUAACAGAAAUUUCCCAGAAGACAUGCUUCAUGAAUUAGUCGAACUUGAGCUGGAUUUUGAUGAUGUCAGUGAGGUAUCGAAUUUUCCAUUUGAAUUCUUUGAGAAAGCAUCCAAUUUAGAGUAUCUUCAAAUAAGACGAUGCAGAGGUCUUGAGGAGUUAUUCCCUUCUCAACCUCAACUAUGUGAAAUCAGAAUGCCUGCACACCUAACAACAAUAGUCCAUUCGGCAGUGUCAUUCUCCAAUCUAAAACAGUUGUCUGUAAAAUAUUGCCAUGGAUUGAAGCAUUUAUUUACAUCCUCAACAGCAAGAAAGUUGGUGCACCUUGAAGAGAUGUACGUAGUGAAAUGUGAUUCAAUAGAAAAAAUAUUGGCAAAGGAGCUAAACGAAACUACUUCAGAAGCCAUAAAAUUUGAGCGACUCAACACAAUAAUUCUAGAUUCUUUAUCAAGCCUCAAAUGUUUUUAUUCGGGUAGUGACACUCUACAAUUACCAUCUCUGAUAAGAUUGCUUGUGUGGAAAUGCACUAAGAUGAAGAUUUUCUCCAGAGGAGAGAUACAAGCGCAAACCUUUUUAGGAAUUCAGGUCUCAUUAGAUCCAAAAGACGAUUUGCUCUUCCACCAAGAUCUUAACACCACUGUGAAGAUGAUCCAACGACAGGAAUUUUUUAAAGCCUUGGGUGAAAAUAUUCAUGAGUUAGUAGCAGACAGUCAGGUUAAUGUUGCCGUUGGUCUACAAGACAAAUGGUUGCGCAAUUUGGGAGCUUUGAAGCUGGACAAGUGUAUUCUACCAUAUGCCAUUCCGUCUUGUAUUGUUCCUAAUUUAAACAACUUAAAAGAAUUGGAAGUGCAGGAUAGUGACAAAGUUGAGGUAAUAUUUGACAUGAAUGACAUUGAGAUAAUGGAAACAGAAUCCAAGUUGAAGAGAUUGACUUUAAAUGGGCUAUCUAAACUAGUGCGUGUGUGGGAAAAGAACAGGCAAGGGGUUCUCAUCUUUCAAAAUCUGCAAGAGGUUGUUGUUAAUAAUUGUGAAAGCUUGCAAACUCUAUUUCCUGCUUCCCUGGCCAAAAAUCUUAAGGAGCUUGAGAAACUUGAAAUACAUUAUUGUCUUAAAUUGCAAGAAAUUGUUGAAAAUGAAGAAGACACAGCAGCAAACAUAACAGAAAAGUUUGUGUUCCCUUGUUUAAAGACGCUGGUUCUUUGUGACUUGCCACAGGUCACAUACGUUUGCCCUCAAACAUUCUCCCUAGGAUGUCCAGCCUUAAAAUACUUAUUUGUGUUGCAUUGUGAUGAGUUGGAGUUAUUUCAAAGUGCACAUCCCGUAGGUGAAGGAGAAGGUGGGGGUACUUCAAUUACCACACAGCCUCUUAUUUCAGAUCUGAAGGACAUUUCCUACUUGGAGAAAUUUGGACUUGAUUGGAAACACAUUUCAGCAUUAUGCUCAAGGUUUCGGUCAGAGCAAUUUAUGGAAGGCCUCAAAUAUUUAAAUGAAAUUCACCUGUAUUAUGGCGCGGAUGUGAAUAAGAAGCAUAUCUCACCCGUUGAAAUACUCCAAAGGGCACCCAAUUUAAUUGAAAUUAGUAUAGAAGAUGGCAAUAGUCCUGAGAUAUUCCAUGCACAAAACACCAUCGUUGAUGAAGAUGGGAUGCUUGGACGGUUUAAAACAUUGACACUGGAAAAUGUGUCCGCACUCCAGUCCAUGGAGUCAAAAGACUCGUCAUGGUUAAACACAAUCUGUGAGAAGGUCCAGGAAUUGAAUGUUGUGAGAUGUCCUCAUUUAACAACAUUAGUACAUAAAGUGUCUGUCUCCUGUCUAAGAAAAGUGUCUAUAUCCAACUGUCCCGACUUACAGUAUUUGUUUCCAACUUCAGUUGCCAAGAAGUUACUGAAUCUUGAGGAGAUCACAGUUCAGGAAUGUAAAUCACUGAAAGAAAUAGUGGCUAAAGAGGGAGAUGAAACUUUUGAGGCCAUUAAAUUUGAGAGACUUAAAAUCAUUGCUCUAGAUUCUUUACCAAGUUUGAUUUGUUUCUAUUCGGGAAGUGACACUCUCCACUUACCGUCUUUGAUCAAUGUGCGUGUCAGGGAAUGCCCCAGUAUCAAGAUUUUCUCUCAAGGAGUCAUACAUUCUGAGUCCUUUAAGGGAAUUAGGAUUUCAUUCGAUCCAGAUGAAGAUUUGGUCUUCCACCAAGAUCUUAACGCCACUGUAAAAGGGAUGUUCCAACGACUGGCAUUUUUAGAAGCCUUGGACGAAAGGUAUCCUUAUGAGAAUCUUAAGCAACAAAACACAUGGUUGAGUUAUUUGGUAACUGUGAAGCUGGACAAGUGCAUUCUACCAUAUGCAAUUCCAACUAUUCUUCCUCCUUUGAAGUGUUUAAGCACAUUGGAAGUGGGGGGUAGCGACCAAGUAGAGGUAAUUUUUGAUAUGAGUAACACUGAAAUACAGGAAAUAGCAUCACGACUGAAGGUAUUGACUUUAAAAGGGCUAUCAAAUCUGAGAAAUGUUUGGGAAAUGAAUAGUGAAGGAGUUCUUAUCUUUUCACUUCUGCGAGAGGUCGUUGUUAGUGGUUGUAAAAACCUGCAAACUUUAUUUCCUGCUUCCCUGGCAAAAAUUCUUAAGCAGCUCCAGAAACUUGAAAUAGAUUCUUGUGAUAAGUUGCUAACAAUUGUUGAAAAGGAAGAAGGCACAUUAGCAGACGCAACAAAAAAGUUUGUUUUCCCUUAUUUAGAGAAACUGGAUCUUCGUGACUUGCCACAACUGACUUACUUUUACCCAGAAACAUUCACUCUGGAAAGCCCCACCUUAAAUCAGUUAGCUGUGCUGUAUUGUCAUGAGUUGGAGUUGUUUCCAAGUGCUCAUCUCCUGGAGGAGGGUGAAGGUAUGAGUAUAUCAAUCAAUAGACUACCUCUCAUCUCCGACCUAAAGGUUAUUUCCAACAUGAAGGCGUUGAUGCUUGAUUGGAAACAAAUUUCGACAUUAAGCUUAUGGUUUAGGUCAGAACAAUAUACGGAAGACCUUGAACAUUUAAACGAAGUUUCCCUGUCAUUCUUUCACCGUGAUGAGAAUGAGAAGCCUGUGUUGCCAAUUGAAUUAUUCCACAAGGCACCCAAUUUAGAAGAACUAAAUUUGGGCUACUGCAAUACUCCUGAGAUAUUCCUUGCUCAAAACCCCAAAAUCGGUGAAGAUGGGAUGUUUGACCACUUAAAAAUAUUGACACUAGAUAAAGUAGGGUCUCUCCACUCUAUCAAGUCAGAGGACAAGUCAUUUUUAAACACAAUCUCUGAGAUGCUUCAUGAAUUAAAUGUUUUCAGUUGUCCUCACUUGACAACAUUAGAACAUUCAGUGUCCUUCUCUUGUCUAAGAGUGGUGUACAUUUACAACUGUCCCAACUUGCAGUACUUGUUCACAUUUUCAGCAGCCAAAAGAUUAAUGAACCUUGGGGAAAUCAGAGUCGAGGAAUGUGAAUCAGUGAAAGAAAUAGUGGCUAAAGAGGGAGAUGCAACUUCAGAAGCUACUGAAUUUGAGCAACUGCACACCAUUGCUUUAGAAUCUUUACCAAGUCUAACAUGUUUCUAUCCAGGAAGUGACACUCUCCACUUGCCAUCUUUGAUCAAUGUGCAUAUAAAAGAAUGCCCCAAUAUGAAGACUUUCUCCCAAGGAAUCAUAGAUGCUGAAUCCUUUCAAGGAAUUCAGAUUUUGUUGGACUCUAAUAAAGAUUUACUCUUCCACCAAGAUCUUAACACCACUGUAAAACGGAUGUCCCAACAACAGGUAAAAACUUCAUUUUAG